CUCCAGUGUAAAAUGAAUUUGAGGCGGAUUCACUCUCGGCUCUCUGGACAUAACCUAAAAUUAACUUGGUAAACCGCGGCUGGCUCGAGCUCAGAGAAGGGCUCGAUCAUGAGUCAUGGCAAUGACUGCUGUACAACAGCAGAAGAUGGAGCUGAGAGCGACCAGCUGCAGCCUCUUCUUCUGGAAAGGGUGGAGAAAGAAAAGUCUAAAAGCUGGCAAACUGUUGUGUCACAUCGUUUAAAGAAACACUGCGUGUGCACACCAAAGAAAGCUAAAUCCAAAAUACUGGGCUUUGUGCCGAUUCUGAAAUGGCUGCCACGCUACCAGCUCAGAGAAUGGCUGCUGGGUGAUGUCAUGUCAGGACUGAUUGUUGGAGUCCUAUUGGUCCCUCAGUCUAUAGCCUACUCCUUAUUAGCCAGUCAGGACCCCAUAUAUGGUCUCUAUACUUCUUUCUUCUCCUCCAUCAUCUAUGCCCUCUUAGGCACUUCCAGACACAUCUCAGUGGGGAUCUUUGGGGUGCUCUGCCUGCUUGUGGGUCAGGUUGUGGACAGGGAGUUAGCUUUGGCAGGAUACCUCACAGAAAGCAGCAGCAGCAGUAACAGUAGCGCCCUCCUGCUGGCCGGCCUGGGGAAUGGCACUGUGGAAUGUGACAGAAGCUGCUAUGCAAUCACAGUGGGAGCAACAGUUACCUUUACUGCUGGAGUUUACCAGGUGCUCAUGGGCCUUUUCCAGGUAGGCUUCGUCUCAGUCUACCUCUCAGACUCCCUUCUCAGUGGCUUCGCUACAGGAGCCUCCCUCACCAUCCUCACGUCCCAGUUAAAAUACCUCCUGGGCCUCAAGAUCCCCAGGCCUCAGGGCUGGUUCACUCUGUUUAAGACCUGGUACAGCAUUCUCACCAACCUGGGAAAAACCAACAUUUGUGACCUGGUGACCAGUAUAGUGUGUUUACUGAUACUGGUACCUACCAAGGAGCUCAAUGAUCGCUUCAAAGCCAAGCUGAAGGCUCCAAUCCCCUUCGAGCUCUUCGUGGUGGUUAUUGCAACACUUGCUUCUCAUUUUGGCCACUUCAAUACCGACUACGGUUCGGACGUAGCUGGUGACAUCCCCACGGGUUUCCUCCCUCCCAAGCUGCCGAUGUGGAGUCUGAUCCCCAACGUAGCUGUUGACGCCUUCUCCAUCGCCAUCGUGGGAUUCGCCAUCACUGUCUCACUGUCAGAGAUGUUCGCCAAGAAGCACGGCUACACGGUGGAUGCCAACCAGGAGAUGUACGCCAUUGGCUUCUGCAACAUCUUGCCAUCGUUCUUCCGCUGCUUCACCACCAGCGCUGCGCUGACUAAGACCCUCGUGAAGGAGUCCACAGGGUGCCAGACUCAGGUAUCUGGGCUGGUGAGCGCCCUCGUCCUGCUGCUGGUACUGCUGGUCAUCGCGCCACUCUUCUAUUCCCUGCAAAAAUGUGUAUUAGCAGUCAUCAUCCUGGUUAACCUUCGUGGAGCUUUACGUAAGUUCGGAGACAUUCCAAGCAUGUGGCGUGUCAACCGUGUUGAUACCUCCAUCUGGCUGAUCACCAUGGCAACCUCUGCGCUGGUCAACACAGAGCUAGGUCUGCUCGUUGGGGUUUUGGUAUCAGCCCUCUGCGUCCUGGGCCGAACGCAGCAGGCCAAGGUGCUGGAGCUUGGCCGGGCUCCAACCAGGGAGCAUUAUGAGGACCUGUCAUCUUACCGUGGCCUUCAGAGACAUCCCGGAGUGGCUGUUUUUAAAUACGAGGCUCCAAUCUAUUAUGCCAACCAGAGCUUGUUCAAAAAAUCUCUCUAUAGGGGUGUAGGGCUCGACCCUCUGAAGGAGAAAACACGGCUUAUGAAGCUCAAGAAGAAGAACAAACAGCAGGGAGAGGCUGUAGGACUCCCAAAUAUGAAGUCAGUGGAUACAAGUAAAGAGGAUAACAUUGAAGCUGGUGCAACAACAACCUUGAUGCUCGACAAGAAAUCUUCCUGUAGCUUACGCAGUGUGGUGAUAGACUGCAGCGCCAUCAUGUUUUUAGAUACAGCUGGAGUGAAUGCUCUCAAAGAAGUCCGCAAAGAUUAUGAAGAACUUGGGAUCAAGGUGGUCCUGGCCCAGUGUAAUACCUCAGCACUGGACGCACUGGAAAGAGGGGGAUACUACCCUGACAAAAAAGGAUGUGAUGAAGGAGAGAACAAAAUCAUAUUCUUCACCAUCGCAGAUGCCGUCCACUACGUCCAAAGCCUCUCGGUUCCGAACGGAGAUUAUGACAGCAGAUGCUAAAAAGAUUCAUCCAUCCAAAUAUCUGUUUACAUAUAUGCAGUUGUACAUUUCACAUAAUGCACAAGAGAAGUCCAUUGUUACCUGUGUGCCUUGUAAUGCUACAGUGAUGACUGAAGUGCAAGUAUCCAACAUUUUUUCUACUUAAACGCUGCAAAAAAUUCUUUAAUACUGUUUCAGCAUGUUAAAUGCUAAAAACCAUUUCCAGGUCUUCCUCAUAGAAAUGGAACCAAAGUACAAACUGGUGUGUCACGCUCGACACCAAACAUGACACACAGGACGUGAUGAACGUGUUGCAAAACGGUUAGUUAACAGUAGAAAGCAGCAUAUAGGCCAGUGAAAUUAUUUACUUCUUUAUUAAUAUCUGUUACUUAUUCAGUCUUUCCUCAAACUCGGUCCUGACUAAUUUGAAACGAUGUUCAAGCACUGCUUGGACGGAGACAGAUGGAAUUUGUGGUGGCGCGUCAUUGCAUACUGCUCGGGUGAAAAUUAGCACGUCCACCCGGGUGCUGUUUUCAUUACUGCCUAUCAGAGCUGGAGCUGAUAAAUACCCAUGACUAGUACAGAGCAGGGUUCAUGCCAUACUACCAGACAUAUAACAGCCUAUAACAGACUGGCUGAUCACAGGUUUAGAGGCGGAGGCAAUGGAGGAAAAGGAUGCAGUGCGCCAAGUGUCACCAUAAAUCAAGUGUAUCUGGGGCGGCAGUAGCUCAGUCUAUAGAGACUUGGGUUGGGAACCGGAGGGUCGCCUGUUCGAGUCCCCGUCCGGAUCAAAAUAUGGAGUGUAGCUGGAGAGGUGCCAGUUCACCUCCUGGGCACUGCCGAGGUGCCCUUGAGCAAGGCACUGAACUCCCCCCAACCACUCAGGGCACCUGACCAAGGCAGCCCCAACACUCUGACAGCAAGAGUGAAAAAACUGAAUUACCUCUCAGGGGGAUUAAUAAAGUAUAUAAAAUAAAUAAAUAAAUAAAUAAAAUAAAUAUCUCCAGUCUGUUCUAUGAGGAGACCCACAGUGUGUUGAAGGUCAUCCUGGAGAACAUUAUCUGUGAUGCUGUCACCGAAUUCUGCCAAGCAGAAGAGGAAGACUGUUGUUGAUAAAGUGUAAGCUCUGAAGAGGCAGACAGGCAUAAAAAGAUGCGCCGGUUAUUACUAUCCCAGAAGUUUAUAUUUAAGUUGCCUUGGCAACAUAUCUUAUAGGUCACACAACGAUGGCCAUUAAAUAUGCUAUUAAUGAAUUUAUUAUUUUAUUUGGCAUAUUUCCCACCAGACAUUUUGGCCGGUGAUAUAUUCAUCUGCCGGAUCUACACGUGAUACCAGCAGAAAGCCAGCACAUAUGCUGGCUAUCGUAAACCCUGCUGCAGAGUCAUGUGUCCCAGGAAUGGAUUCAGAUUGUAACCUUUCCCACUUUAGGGAGACUUUAGGGUUGCAUCCUAAGUCAAUUUGAAUUUGUGACCCUUAAAUUGAAAAUUUACAUUUAAUGUAGAGGUGCAAUAGGAGUUUCCCCCCUACGCAGUACAUUUCUAAUAAUCAGGUGUCACAGUUUUUAAUUCCACUGUGAGUGUCCCCGCAAUUGAGUCAUAGAGAGUUGCUGUAAACUUUUAUUAUAUUUCUCAGCAAGAACCAUAGUUAACUAAAAUUAUAUAUAAUUUAGUCAUGAGCCCUUCCUCAUAAAUGCAUCCUGAAAUAAACUGUGGGACUUCUACCUGUGAUUCUGUGGGGCAGAAAUUGAUGGUUGUAGGCUGGGUAUGUGCAAAAAAAGAGAAAAGGUUUGUCAUUAAGAAAUGCUGUUUCUAAGGGGAGGACUGAAACGUAGAUGAAGUAUGAAAUUCAGCAGUUUGUGGAUUCACAAAUAAUCAUUUUAAAGGUCUUUGGCUUAAAUGGAAAUUACAUUAAACCUCAUUGUCUAUCCUUAAAAUAUUUAUUUUGUAAGAAAUGGCCCAACUGUGCCUGAACAUGGAUGUACUAUAACUAAUGGUAGUCCAUCAUGCAGUUUUCUCAGAAACUGAUGAUAAUCAAGGGAGGUGUAUUUGUUUUGUUUUGGGUUUUUGUUUUUGGAAGGACUUGGUCAUGUGUACAAAGCCAUAAAGCAGUAAAUGAACACUGACGGUUAAAUGAAUGGGAGAGAAGGCUUGACUCGAGCAGACAAACAUCAUUAAAAUUUCUUUGAACUCUGCAUGUUGCAUCAUUCAUGCAUUCAAACUGCAGUGCCUUAAGUGAGACCUAUAACGUGCCUACAUUGUACGCAUGUGUAUAUACUCUGAAUGUUUUUGUAUCAGGUCCUUUGACAUAUGAAUGCCAGUCACUUUUUACUGAUGCAACUUAAGGAUUUCUUUUUCUUCCUGAGAGCGCAGUUUCUUUAUGACUCGCAAUCUUGUUACCGUAUAUAUAUUUUUUUAAGUUUUCUCAGUUAUUCAUAACAACAAAGGUCAUGUUUUAGAACUGGAGGGUCUCAUUUUGGAACAAACCUUCUCAGCUCUGGUGGCUUUUAUACGCUUACUGAAUAUGUCACUUUGAUGUAAGACUUUACGUUUGUCUACAAUCCAUGUUUGCUGAGGGUGAAAACGUUACUGACCGCUACUGUAGCUUGGUAAAUACUCUGUUGUCAGCUGUGUGCUGAAUGGGGGCAAAGUUUAAGUUUAAGAAAAAAAAAAAAAACAGUUGUGUGCAGUGAAUGCCACGUGAGAUUUACACCCCUCACUGAGUUUGUUUUGUUGAACUUAAUGUUGAACUGUGCUGGUCAAACCUCAAAACAGCUCAUUUCUUUGUGUGUAAGAGAUUGGCUCAUCAAACUGCAAGCCAGUUUACUGUGAAAUAAAUUAUUAUAAAUUGUUAUAAUUUAAUUACUGAGGUCCAUUUAUUUCUUUUAGGUCAUGCAGGAAUGCUCAAGAGUGGCUACGCGAUGAUGUGAUUGUGCACUUAGUUAAGGGUGCCCUGUGGAGUUUUUGACCUCUGGCAGUGCUGUUAAGGUUUUGACUUGGUCCCAGAUUUGUUUGUCAUGUGCACAUGUGCGUAGAUGACUCAAUAUUCAUUGGCUUCAAACCAUUCUACUGAUCUUCAGGCAGUGGUAAUGUGCCAGUAAAAGGAAGGAGAAGAACAAGACUGCUAACUUGUGUACAAUAUAAAAUGUUCCAAACACCACCUUUGUAAGUGGUUUAUGGGGAAGGAAGUUAAUUCACAGUUAUCAGGCUUUGAUUCUAUGCACAAACCCGACUGGCCCAGAUCUGACUGGUUUGGGCAGUAACUUCUCAAAAUUUUGUCAGGCUUAAAUCUGAUUGGGUACAUGUAAUUUCACUGUUACUGUAAGGAUUAACAAAGGCUUAAGUUUCAGUGUGCUUGGCAUCUCCUCCAACAAAUCGCCCGGAGCCUCUGCUGCUGGUGCUCUGAAUAACACUUUUGUGUCUCUUGCAUAGUCUUUUUGCCCAUUUUAAACAACUUAGGAAGCCUCUUCAUCAGUCUUAUGUGUCAGGUAGUAUUUGACAUGUCCCAUAUCAGCUGUACUCCAUCAUGAGUGGUAUAUCAGCGGACUUGCUGAGGGUGACGGUCUUGGACAGUGGUGUCACCUUUGUAAAGAAGUUCAGGUAGUUGAGGGCAAAGAUCAGCUGGACGGGUUCAUUCAUCUCAAUAGUAACAGCCUCGUCCUUUUUGUCUACGUUACUGGUCUGGGAUGGUUUGACAUUUCCUGUGUCCAGCUCCAAGUGCGCUCUUGUCCUCAUAGUGGCUAUUUACGAAUGCAUCCUAGGUCACAAAUGUCUGUUACCUCACUGAAAAGGCUCAAGUUAACUUACCAGUAAGCUUGUUUUUUUAAAAAAAAAAAAAAAAAUUAUGACAGUUGAAAUCUGGCUGCGGGUCGGACUUGAGUCGGGCUUGGACAACAACUGCGCAGGUUCAUGUAGGUUCGGGCCAAAUUUUUUGGGCCCAAUCAAAGCUCUAAUUUGUUUCACCUGAAGGAUGCACACAAUGCAUCUUGUUAAGCAACACUGACUAUAAACAAACUCCACAGGGCACCUUUAAACAACGUCCCAAAGAUUACAGCCAAACAGACUGGAUGUUCUUGUUUUAAAUAGCAUUUGCCUUUGCUGGAGGGAGCAUUAGGUUUUGGAAGGAGCAGUGUUGAAGGUCAGAUCGGCAGCGCAGACCCAAAAAUACAUCAGGUACUCUUAAGCUUGUGGGAAUUGUUCUACUCAAGGACUUGUUACAGGGGAUUGAAUCAGGUCAGCUGAGUCGAGGGCAGUCUAGAUUUAUUACACAGUUCACACUUAAGCUUUUCAUGAGAACAAAUGUUAUUAUAAUAGAAUAAAUAUAAUACAAAUAAAUAAGUGAUUAAUAUGUGGACUUAAUUCAGAGAGCAAAGACUGUAUGUUUGAAAAAAGAAAAUGUGAUUUUUCUUUCAGUUCAAAUUGCUUUAUAUUCAUGUCUUAAGUGAAACACUUGAACUGCCUUGUUGUUGACAGACGCUACAUAACUGCCACAGACAACUCUUUUUUAAUUACUGUUUCAGCAUGUUAACUAGGCUUCCUUAGAAAUGGAGCCAAGGUAGUUAGUACCUGUAGUAAAAUAAGAAACUUCACAAUCAUAACAUCUGUAAUUCACUGUGAGCAUCAUUUUCCUUUUUUCAUUCAAAGACACCGUCUCCCACCUUUUUUCACCAAAAUUAACACAUAUACUUGGGUGUUUUGAAUGCGGGAAAACCCUCUAAAAAUAUAUGAUAGUCUCCUUUCCUAUUGCCAGUAGACGAACACGUCUUUUUGUUUUGUUCUGUUCUUUAUUUUCAACUGGUGUGUCGACAGGUGUGCCUUGCUGUUGACAGACGCUGCAGAAAUUAACCUGCCUUGCCUUUCACACAGAAACACAAAGAGAGAGUGAUAUGUGUUGGUGAUAAACUUAGUGAAUAUUUUUAUGUUGUUUGUAGCUUUAGUUGAUUCUGUAACAAAACUUGCCGCAUUAGACUACACAGUGACAUUAUUUACAGUAUAUAGCACUUAGAAAAACAGUUACAAAGUGCACAUUCAUUAUUUUGUUUAUUUAGGUAGUAACAUGUGAUACUGCUAUGUGAAAUAUGAAUAAGACCGCUAUUGCCUUUUGUAGCUAACAUUAGUUUUGUUGUUGUUUUUGUUUUUAAACCAAAGAUGUAACUAUGCACAGAAGCUGCUGACUUGGGGUUUUGGGGUUACAGUAGCUUUUAUCCUGAUUCUAAACUGAAUUCUGAAGUUAAAGUCAAUUGUAUUUUACUUAUUAUUUGUUUUAAAAUCAACGAAAAUCUGUUUGCUGGUUGGAGCAUCCGAGUUUGAGAUAUCCUGUAAAUUAAAUUAUUAUACUUUGUUAUCUUUACAUAUAUUAAAACAUCUGCAAAAUAUAUCAGUACAGAGUUUUUUUGUUCUCUACUGUCCAAAGAUAUUUCUUACAUGUGCUGAACAUGUGUUUUAAUAUGUGCUUCAAUAUACAUCAUAGUAUUUUUAGUAAAUAAAAUAUGGAUGACGAUAAAAAAA